AUGUCGGGCAAAGGAAAAUCACUUGGUGGAAAAGGCAAAAGCGGGGGAAAAGGAAGGGAAGGGAGGGCUCAAGUAUCACAUUCAGCACGAGCAGGGCUUCAGUUUCCAGUGGGACGUGUUCGUCGCUUUAUGAGAGCGUGUAUGCAAAACAAUGUGCGUGUAGGGGCAACAGCAAGCGUGUAUAUUGCUGCAGUACUUGAAUACCUUACGGCAGAAGUGCUUGAACUUGCAGGAAAUGCAUCAAAAGAUCUUAAAGUAAAACGUAUUACGCCACGGCACUUACAGCUUGCAAUUAGAGGAGAUGAAGAGCUGGAUUCAUUAAUUCGUGCGACAAUUGCAGGUGGCGGUGUUUUGCCGCACAUUAAUAAAACAUUACUUCAACCACCUAAGAACAAAAAAGUCUCACAGAAAUAG